ACACUGAAGACAUAGUGUACUUGUGCCUCGAAACUAUAGCCAAUGGGCAUUCCGUUCUCAUAUUCUGCCCCACUAAAGCUUGGUGUGAGUCACUUGCUCAAACAGUUGCUUGUGAAUUUAGAACCAUUGGUCUUGGUAGAGAUGUUAAUGCUACAGAGAGCCUGCCCUUCAAAUUACGACAACAGUUGAACGCUGACAAAAUUGCAGAAUGCUUGGAGCAACUUCGAAACUGUCCCGUGGGGCUAGAUUCUUCCCUAGGGAGAGUAGUUUCGUUUGGUGUUGCAUAUCAUCAUGCUGGCCUUAGUAUGGAUGAGAGAGAUAUUGUGGAAGGCUGCUUUAAAAAUGGAACUCUUAGGGUACUCGUUGCAACAACGACACUUUCAUCUGGAGUUAACUUACCAGCUCGAAGAGUAAUCAUCAGAUCACCAGUCUUUCAGGGACGACCAAUCGACAUUCUUUCAUACCGCCAAAUGGUAGGACGUGCUGGACGAAUGGGAGUUGAUUCGGCCGGGGAAAGUAUUAUAAUUUGUCAGAAAACUGAACAACGAAUAGUUUCAAGCUUAGUUUGCUCGAGUUUGAAACCAAUUGAGAGUUGCCUGGGUCAUGGUGAUCUUUCUGCUAGCUUGAAGCGAGCAGUUUUAGAGGUGAUAGCAAGUAAAGUUGCCACUACACCAGCAGAUUUGGAACUCUACACAAAUUGUACCCUCCUUGCCUCGAGUAGAGCAGAAUCUGAGAAUAUUGUGGACCCAGUUUCUGCUUGUAUUACCUUUCUCAAGGAAAAUGAGCUAAUUAGACUGCAGGUUGAUGAUGAAGGAAUUUUAUGCUAUACACCUACCCCAUUAGGGCAAGCUUGUCUCUCAGCAUCAAUACAUCCUGAUGAAGGACUCCGCUUAUUUCAAGAACUCCAAAGAGCAAGACAGUGCUUUGUUUUGGAAAAUGAACUGCACCUUGUGUACCAAGUCACACCUCUUAAUGUGGCUGAUCAGUGGGGCAACAUAGAUUGGAUGCAUGUUCUAGCCUUAUGGGAACAACUCACUCCUGAUUUGAGACGUGUUGGUGAGCUGGUUGGUGUUGAGGACCGGUUUAUAGUGAGAGCCAUGCGAGGUACAGUCAACUUGAAACUGGAAAAGCAGCGUCAGAAGCUAAUGGUUCACAGAAGAUUCUACACUGCUCUUGCCUUGCAUGAUUUAGUGAAUGAAGUUCCCCUCAAUAAAGUGGCUGUGAAAUUCAAUUGCUCACGAGGAAUGCUUCAAAGCCUGCAACAAUCAGCAGCCACUUAUGCAGGUAUGGUUACUUCAUUUUGCAACAGACUUGGAUGGUCCUCUGUAGAGCUCCUAGUUGAUCAGUUCCAAGACCGUCUUCAUUUUGGAACUCACAGAGAACUACUGGACCUUCUGAAGGUACCCUCUCUAAAUGGUCCACGGGCUAGAGCUCUCCACAAUGCAGGAAUUACUAGUUUGUCUGAGUUGACUACAGCAGAUGUGCUGGCUGUUGAAAAUGCUUUGCUAACUACCAUACCGUUCUCAAGUGAAAAAGAUAGAGAUGGUGAAACAACAUCAGAAUCGGAGCGCAGACGGAAAUUGAAAGGAAUUUGGGUGACAGGCAGGCAGGGCCUGUCCGAGCGAGAAGCUGCCGAGCUGCUGAUACAGGAGGCAAGAUCAAUUGUUCAGGCGGAACUGGGUCUUGCUGAAGUCAACUGGAAUCAAAGAAACCAAGAGAAUUCCUUGAUCAAUCCUAGAAAUACCCAAACAUCCGAAAAUCAACAGAAUUCUUCUAGUAAUACUACUGAUAUCCUUCCAGGAAAGAAUGCUUUCAUAAUGGCUGACAUAAUGUCUGUCAACAGCAAAGAUGAUUUACCAAAGGUUUUGCCAGUACAAAUAGAGAAUUCAACUAGCAAAACUGAUAAGGUUGAAAUCAUGGCUAGUGUAGAGGACAAGACUCUUUUACAUGACUCAGACAAAACUGAUCCAAGUUUUCAACAUAAAAAUAUUACUAAUAUAAACUUUAUUGGACAUGAGGAGGAAUCAUAUAACAACGAAAGUUUGAAGGACAAUGGAAGUUUUGAAUUGGAAGUAGAGUCUAGUAAGGGGGCACAAAACAUGAGUACUAGUGUAUCGGAGUCCAAAAGUGUAACGCUUCAGAAUUUAGCUGAAGUUGAAGAAGAAAGAGAGCGCAGUCAACAAAACUUCGAAAGCCUCUCAAGCUCUCCGUCAUGUCUGUUGGACAACAAUAUCUGUGACUUCUCGAAUCUCAGUGAAAAUGAGACCACUCCCCUUUCACCAUCAAACAAGGCAAAUCCUGGAUCAAUUUCUGUGACUAACUCAUCAAAUAAUGUUUUACAAGAUAGUUUGGAUUUGUUUGGGAGUUCAUUCCCAAACUCUGCAAUGCAAAAUAUCUUGGAAAAUAAUGUUGAACUGAUCAAUUCAGAAAAAACACCAUCAAUAACUCAGUGUCAAGAUCUUCAGAAAGCUCCUGUUUCUCCUUGUAAGAAUGCUGUUGACGCCUCUCUUGAAUCUUGGGGAAUCAGCAUUUCAGCACUUAACAAAUUAUGUGCAGAAGAAGAAGAUUUUGCUCAAAAACCACAAGAAACUGAAAAGGAUAUCCCUAAAAAAUUAUCACCUGUUAAAAGGUUGUCACUUGAUCUGUUUGCUUCCACCCAAGAUGAAAUCGAAUCUGUGACAGUAACUAAUGAAGUUGGGGAAGUUCAAGAGUCAGAAGAUCUCUUUUGCUCACCCACAACUCCCACAUGUGAAAGGGUUUUAAGACCAAGAAAUGGCAGCAGAAGUGGAAGCGAGGGGAACGAAAACAGCACAGCAUCCCAACAAGACAGCUCAAAGAGUCCAAAUCUAUUUGGUGAUAGUUUUGAAAUUAAUUCUGGCCUUAUUCAUGUACUGGAUGGCAAAGAAGGUGCGCUUGCUUGUGCUCAAGAACCACACACCAAUAGAACAAAUAAAGAUCCGGCUAUUGAUGAGUCUAAUCAGGUUGCACAAGGUAAUUGCGAAGCCAGUAGGGAAGCAUCAGCUUUAUUGAAAAUGAGAAAAUGCAGUGAAAUGCGGCGCAAAUUUCUUGGCACUGGUAAAAAGACUGCUCAAAAUGAACUCAACUCCAGUAUUCAAAGUAAAUAUGAGUCCCAAGCUAAUAAAAGAAACCCUGUCAUGAACAGAAGCAAUAAUCUCCAUCUGGGACUUAGUCGUCGAGUGUUGACCAAAAGAACUGCUGUUGUAGGGAAGAAAGAAGUUGAAAACUCUUCAGAUAGAGAUAAUGAUGAAAUAUUAACAGAUUCAUUUCUGGAGGCAGCGUUUGAAACUGCUUUCCAUAGCAAAAGUGAUGUUUUGCUUUUUUCUGAAGGUGAAAACUCCCCACCAGUCCCUCAUGAGAAGAAGAUGAAAUUUAGUGAAUCAUCUGAUGAUGAAGUGGUUUUUUCACCUCCAACAGUUGUUGAACACAAGGACUUAAGAAAAUCUGCAGCUUCCCCUUUUUCCCUUAAGGAAGUAGCAGUGAGUGAAAAUAUUCACAAUGACCAGCAAUCUGCUGCGAAAGAGGUAAAAUGUGAAAAGCUGCAAGUUAUUGGGCCCCCGCUUACCCGUAGAAUGCUGGCUAGUCGACAGAAGUUCACCCUCACUGAAGCCAAUGUAAAAGAAGAUGAAACAAGAGAAGUCUUGUUUCCAGCAGAUGUUGGAAUCAAUCAACUUCAGCAUCAAAACCCAUUUUCUACUACGACCCCCGUUGAGGAUUGGAGUACAUACAACAUAGUAGACGUUUGUAGAAGCAGAGUCCUAUUCAAAACAUUUUCUAAGGAGGUUUUGAACACCAGCUUGUGGUCUUUUUCUUUAGCAUGUCAGCAAGGGGAAAGUAAUCAGACAUUUGAAGCAAUUGGGAACAAAAUUCUCAAAACUCAAAAGUCUUCAAGACACGAAACAAAAUCCAAUAAAAAUACAUCACAGUUUUCAUUUGGGAACUGUGUUCUUGUUGGUGUUUCAUUUUGUUUUGGUGGCACUGAUGCAUACUACUUAACUUUAGAAGACAAGAGUGAACAGUGCGCUGUUAGUCUCCGCGAUCGACUGCAAUUGUUAAAGCAAAUUCUUUGUCAAAAUGAGAAAGCUGCUAUGCCUUGGGUCUGUUGUUAUGAUGUUAAGGAGCAUUUUAAACUGCUGUUUAGAUGUAUUGGUAUUCGAAUACUCAACCUUUCACUCUGUGAUCCAAAAGUGGCUGACUGGCUGCUAGAACCAGAAGGGAAAGAGAAGACGUUUCAAUCCAUGGUUUUGAAGUAUAUGGAUAUGGCUAUUGGUUUAGCUGAACAUGCUGGGUGUGUUCGACUUGGCCUUGGCAGUCCAGCUUUGGAUAUUGAGCAAACUGUACCUGGAAGACAGCGUUCCAGUGUUGAAGCUAUACUUUGCUUCCAUAUUAUGAGUGUCCAGUACCAGAAGCUUCAGGAUACACAACUCCUCAGAAGCUUUUUUGAUGUAGAGAUGCCAGUUAUUGUGUGUGUUGCUGGAAUGGAGUUGGCUGGAAUCGGUUUUAGCUCAGCCACGCUACAGAACCUUCAAGGGAAGCUCCUCGAGGACAUGUCAUCAUUAGAAAGAAAAGCAUAUCAAUUAGCAGGACGCUCAUUUUCUCUGACGUCACCCCUAGAUACUGCACGGGUUCUGUAUCAAGAACUAAAACUGGGGCAAGGCCAAUCUCUGAAAGGCAGACAGAAGAAUACAAGCAAGGAAACCCUGACCAAACUCACUUCAGAGCACCAGCUCCCAAAUGUGAUUUUGUUGUGGAGAAAGCUAAGUGCAAUUCAUUCCAAGACUGUAUGCCCUUUGCUCCCAACAGAGCCAUGCACACGCUUGUAUGGACGCUAUAUUAUGCAUACUGCAACUGGGCGCAUUUCUAUGUAUGAGCCAAAUAUUCAAUGUAUCCCUAGGGAUUUUGAAAUUUCACCCGAUUCCAAUGAGAAAAUUUGCAUGAGAGCUGCUUUUGUUGCUUCAGCAGAUACUUUACUGGUUGCUGCAGACUAUUCACAACUCGAAUUGCGACUUUUAGCCCAUCUUUCUGGAGAACCUAAACUGAAGAACAUUUUAAACGGUGGUCAAGAUGUGUUUUGUAAUCUUGCUGCCACGUGGAAUGGUAUCCAGUGUGAUAAGGUGACUGAUGGUCUGAGACAGAAGGCCAAACAGCUAUGCUAUGGCAUCAUUUAUGGGAUGGGGUCUAGAGCUUUGGCAGAUCAACUCGGUGUAGAAGAAACAGAGGCGACAUCACUCAUGGAGUCAUUUCAUAAUGCAUUUCCUGGCAUAAAUAGUUUCUUGGAGAAGACAGUGUCUCAGUGCCGUGAAAUGGGGUAUGUUAAAACAUUACUGGAUAGACGCCGGUAUCUUCCAGGCAUAACAAGUUCCAGCUUUCAUGUGAAAGCUCAUGCAGAGAGGCAGGCAGUGAACACAACAGUGCAGGGAUCUGCUGCUGACCUCACCAAGACUGCAAUGGUUGCUGUUGAAAAGGAAAUCUUAAAAUCAUUCUGUGUGUCACACACGGACAAGAAGAACCAUUGUCUCACUGUUCCACAACUUGUUUUAAAUCUACAUGAUGAGCUCAUGUAUGAGGUCCCUGAAGCUGUUGUUGAUCAAUUUUGCAAACUACUCAAGACAGGAAUGGAAAGUGCUAUUUAUUUAUCUGUUAAACUGCCUGUAAAAAUAAAGAUAGGGAAGUCUUGGGGUGAAUUAGAUCUUAAAGUUGUUGAAUGAAAUUAUUUUUUUUUCCCCUGAAAUUGUUAUGGAUUAUAUACAAUCUAUUAAAGUAAAUUGUGUUAAUUAUCAAUUGAGAAUGCCUUUGAACAAAUGAAUUUGUUUUGUUAACAUCUUACCCAAUGUUUGGAUGAUAAUUUCUGUGAUAAUUUUUCAACUGUUAUAUAGGCUUAUCAUAAAUUAUUGAUAUCCUCUCCCUCUCUGCUUUUUAAUGGUGCAAAUUGUGACUUUUAUUUUAUUUUAAUUUGCCCAUUUCUGAUGUAUUUACAAUGUACUUCAAUGUGUAUGAAUUGAAAAAACUGUCAGGGAGAGGCCGUGAAAGGCAUCGCAUGUUGUAAUAUGUGAAGUGUUAAAGAUUAUUAUAUUAAGAGUCAAUGGAAAACUUCCAAAUAUUUUACUGCAUCUUCAAUAUAUUUCAAAUAAACAAUGUGAAAACAAAAUUAA